UGGGGUUCAGGCCAAAGGCUUCUUCAUCCUCAAUGCCGUUCCAGCAUCUUCCCUUUGCCUGUUGUAACAAGACGUCCAGCCGAACCAUGCCAGCACUUCAUCGAUAACCACUCCUGCACCUCUCGAUGAACACCCUCCCGCACACCUCUUCACCAAGGCCCUCUUGCCUUGAGUGAGUCGAAGAACACGCCAAUAACCCAUCUUGCCACGCUCACUGGCACGCGCCGCUCCCCAUCCACUUGAAGUCGCGACGACGACAACAACCACGAAAGAUACCCGAACAAUAUGGAUCGGAGCCAUGCCUCGGGCCUAGGGCCGCGCCAUGAUCCGUCAUCCCGAAUUCAGAAGCCUGAGUCGGCUGCCGAUAGACUGGCAGCCCUCAAGGCGAGGGUGGCUGCAGCAGUUGGCAACAGCAAGGCUAAAGGUGGGCUCAACGUUGGGCUGCAUCCGAUGCUGGAAGAACUCAACCAAGCAAGGCCAGCCGGGAAGAUCGCCGACCUGAGGGGCUCGGCGUCGGCGUCAACGGGCCCUGGCAAGGCGCGUGGAACCAAGGAUGGCUCGUGGUCGAAAUCCGGGGCAUCGACAGGCGACGGGCGAAGCAACCCAUAUUUCGAUGCCAGUCUCGCUGGACAGAGCUCCAAACAGAGGGAACCACGGCAUCUGGCUUUCAACCAAAAGGGCAAAUACAUCCAACAAGGAAAUGCGCUACGCCGACAAGCCGCGCUCGAGGCCAUGAAAAAGCGCAUUGCGGAACAGACGCGGAAAGCCGGCAUCGAUGACGAUCUUGACCUUCCGACCACAUUUGCCGAGGCGCCCCCAGAGAUUGAGUGGUGGGACGAGGGUCUGGUGGAUGGGACUAAUUACGAUAGGAUUGAAGACGAGGCUACCCUUCUUAUCAUGACCGAAGAUGGUAUCGUCACCAACCUGGUCCAGCACCCGGUGGCAUUGGAGCCGCCACAAGACAAAAACAUACCGGCUCCAAAACCCAUGUAUCUGACGACCCAGGAGAACAAGAAGCUGCGACGACAGCGACGUGCGGCUGAUCUGAAGGAGAAGCAGGCCAAGGUGCGACUUGGCCUGCUGCCGCCCGAGCCCCCUAAGAUCACGAGAAACAACAUGAUGGUGGUGUUGGCGGAUCAGGCCGUCAAGGACCCCACAGCCGUAGAGGCGCAGGUGAAUAAGGAGAUUGCCAAGCGACACGAGGAUCACCUAAGGGCAAACGAAGAACGCAAGCUCACACGUGAGCAACGACACGACAAGACGGCAGCAAACCAGGAGAAGGACGCCGCCAAAGGUCUUCACCUCAUGGUGUUCAGGAUCAACAGCCUCGCCAACGGGCAACACCGCUAUAAGGUUGCCGUCAACGCGGAACAACAUGCCCUGACGGGUAUCUGCAUCAUGCACCCCAGGUUGAGCCUAGUCAUAGUGGAAGGUGGCUCUUGGGGUAUAUCAAAAUACAAGAAGUUGAUGUUGAACCGCAUCAACUGGACCGAGAACACGCCGCCGCGAGAGAAGGAGGCUACAGGGCGUGGCCCCGCGCGAGACUGGCUGUCUCCCCAGGACGACAAGGGAGCUCUCAAGGAUCUGUCAAGCAACGAGUGUCGACUGAUCUUUGAUGGCGAGGUGAAGAGCAGAGCCUUCCGGAAGUGGGGGAGCAAGGUGUGCGAGACCGACGCCGAGGCUCGUUCUUUGCUAGAAAAGGUCAAGAUGGCAAACUUCUGGACGCUGGCAAAGACUGCAGCAUGAAUCUGUCUCAAUAACGAUCUAUACACACCAAUUGUUCCCUGGCCUCACAGAAACAGCGCGGUGCGGUACAUUGCGCACGGCGCCGGGUCCUCGCUCGUCAAUUUUCAAAGCGGCCUUUUUGCAGGUGCUUGCUGUAACGCCAUUGUCGUCCGGUUCCUCCAUGCGUCGCUCACCAACCUCGCUGGCACGGGGAGCUGGGCACUCUUGGCCCGGCGCGUUUGUUGGUUUCGGCUUCUUGGUAUGUAGUAAUUUUGCUAUCCGCAUAUUCCGCAGAAAACCACUUGUAGUCCUUGAGCCGCCGUGGCUUAUGUACUAGGCUCGUUCUAUCCAUGUUGGCCGCGUCUCGUGUCCAUGGGUAACAGCAGCAGGUAUCACUGGAUAUCCUAGUCGAGCAAGCUAGGUAGCGGGCAAACCCGAGCGAGUCACGACCUGCCUGCCGGCACUCUACAUACUGGGUAGGAUGCAGGCCAUGGGUGGGGCAGGCCAGAAUGCAAGCCCGUCACAUCUGUUGGUGCAUGGUUUAAACCCCUGGGUAUGGUACUGUUGGGUCUAGAGCGAGGAGCAGGUGAUCAGCCCGUCACCCUUACCCAGGCCGUUGGUUGGGCGUGGAGAUUUUCUCUCUCUCUCUCUCU